CACGCAGGUUGUUAUUUUUAUUUCAAUACACAUGUGAAAACGUCAGAAACAUAGCAACAGGACUGGCAAAAACGAAGCUGUUAUUGUGCAACAAGAAACGAAUCGAGAUCAACUGCAAUGGGACAACUAAGGGUUAAUGUAGUGUUCAUAUUUAUUCUUCUACCCAUUGACUACACACAAAUCUGGGUAGAGAUAACUGCGAACUGUUGUCAUGGUGACGUUAAAUAGCUGAAAACAACAUAUCUAAGCAAUGAACGUUAAGGUGAAGCUUGUCGAGAGUCCUACCAUCUUUUUGUUAAAAAUAGACAGUGAUUGUCUCAUAACGGAAUCUGCUGACAUUUCAGAAGAAAAUCAAUUGGAAUUAAAAAAUUUAAAUCCAAAUGCGCAAGGAUGUUGCAAGAGCACCCAAACGAACACCGCGUUGCAGAUCUCGGAGAAAGAACAAACAGCUCCCUUGAUUAUGAAUGACCAAGACUCGCAGGCAACUGUUUGGGAUUUGUUCGAUUCUUAUCGAGCUGUAGAAAAAGACGAACCAACCGAUGAAAAGUCGAAUGCAAUAAAAAGCCCACCAACAGUUUCUAAAAUAACGUCAUUAGGAAGAUCUCUGUCGUCGAUCGAAAUCGCUCCUCUGUGGGCCGAAAUGGUUGGCGUCGCUUGGCCGCGAGAUCCUCUUCAAAGAGUGGAGACUGACGAUGGAUUAAGAUUCAAAUUGGAAUGGAAGAUGAUUUGGUGCGACGACAAUCAAUUUACCAAAGUCAACUGUGUGGCGUGUAACCCACAAGAUCGAAUGCUCUUCGCCGUAGCGUAUCAGAACCUGAGCACCUACAGAGGCUUCAUCACUUGCUGGAACGUGCAAAACAUAACUUAUCCGGAACUUGUUAUUUCCUCUAGCACCAACCCAACCACCGUUAAAUUCUCGAUUGACAAUCCACGUCUCAUCGCAGUUGGCGACGAAAGUGGCAUGGUUCGCUUCAUUAGCAUCUCCUCUUCGUCAGGCCACAUUGCAGAAAAUCGGGUUCAAAACACUGGCCAUAAAGGAAGCGUGCUUGACUUGUGUUGGGUUGGGAGCAAAGUACUCAGCAGCGGAAGUGACGGGCGAGUUCUCAUGUGGACGGCUGUGACGAUCGAGCUCACACUCGAAUGUCAAGUUAUUGCAGAACUGCAACCGUCCUACUAUCAUCUGGAACUGCCAAGGUUGAUUGAACUGACUUUGCUCUCACAACCGGACUGCCUUCCUACGCCGGCUGCUCGGUGUUGCGUCGCACCGCUCAAAAGCGACCCGGAUCGAUUUAUCAUUGGCUCCGAAGAUGGUUCUCUUCACACCUUUUCUUUCCUUCAAAACUAUGUACCGCUCUUGACGAAUCAAAGGCAUGUCGGGGCAGUCGUUCAUAUGGAAAGAAUAGAUUAUGAAGGCAAGGAAUUUCUCAUCUCCCUCGGAAAUGAUAACAUGAUAUACGUGGAGACACUGCUGGCAAGAGAGAAAGGUCAAGUUACACCUCUCUUUCCCGAGCCCUUGGGAUCCAUCAUCAAUUUCACGUGUAACCCUGAUACCCCAGAGUUGAUGGCCAUCUUGAAACCUGAUUCAAUCGAACUGUGGAAAAUAUUUCCAGCGGCCAUGUUUUUAAUCAGCGCUCGCAGGAUGCCCGAUCCCGCGUGUAAAACUUCACGACUCACUACCGUGUGUUUCCUUCCUCAUUCAAAGGCCCUUCUUGUCGGCGAUGACAUUGGUAAAAUCCACGUUUAUUCUCAUAAUUACACACCGUGAAAGUAACGUGUAUUUAUUGUAAUCACACACACCAACCGUGGCGUGCUUUAAAGUAAAAAAAAAAUAAUUACAACAAGU